UUGCAGAUCCUGUUCUAUCCCGAAGGCACGGAUAAAUGUCCAUUAGCCACAGAAAGAAGUAGAAAGUAUGCGGAGAAGAAUCAGCUGGUACAUUAUGAGUACGUUCUACAUCCACGCACAACAGGAUUUGUCCACAUGAUACAGAAUAUGAGAAGAGCCGAUUACAUUGGCUAUAUCUACGAUGUGACCAUUGGUUUCAAUGACUGCAUAGUCCAGUCAGAGAUCGACUUUGCUAAGUAUGGUGUAUGCCCGAAGGAUGUACACUAUCAAGUGAGACAAACUCCAUCUUUCAGUGAUAGUUGUGUGACACUCUUGAGACUCAUACUUUAA